CGAGAAAAAUUAAGAGAUCGGAGACGGUGACCGGGCGAGGCCGGCGUACAAAGGCGGUGUCGGGGAGGCUUGUGCGACGGCUUCCAGUUCUUCAGCGCUCCAACGUGAAUUCCUCAUCAGCUGAUUGCGUUUUCUGAAACUUAUUCCGAGCUCCGCCUCCGAACCCAACGGGUAGUGGUUGGAAACGGUUCCAAUUCCAAAUCAGGAAUUCUACCGGUGGAACCAAACGGCGAUCGGGUAGUGGUGGCUCCCCGCUCGUCCGUCUCUCGGGUUCCCUACUGAACCUUCAUGUUUUUGUUUUAUAACUUUUCUCUCUUCCUUGUAUUGACAGUUAAACCAAGUUCAUAUACGACUAAUACGAGCAUGAAAAAAUAGUUGCAACCAAAUUUCACUAUCUGAGAGUGAUAAGGCAUGUUUUUUUCCCUAUCUGCACCAAUUUAGUUAAAUUACAUUUUGUUUAUAGGUAUUUUACAUUGAAAUUCUGCGGGUCUCCUAUCUCUGUUCGAUAUGGAUUGAUGAGUUCAAUUUGUGUUUUUUUACAUCUAGUGACAUUUUCUGUAAUUUUUCAACUAUUUCAGUAUUUCCCAUUGUUCUUCGGAAAAUGCUCGUUUCUACUUGUCUUUUCGUGUUUAUGUUUUCUUAAAACUCUUUAUUUUCCUGCUAAAGAAUGCAGAUUUAAAUAUGACUGAUUCAUGUUCUUGAUGUAUGAAUAUCAUGGUAUAUCUGGAUGUAUAUGUAGUGAAGUGGCUGUGUUUAUGUUUUAUAGUACUAGUGUAUCAAAACGCCUGAUUGUUACCACUUACCAGAUUAGCACAUAGGGUUUGAUUUCCAGUUGCCGGACCUACGCACUUGUACCUCCGUUUCAGAUCCGUGUCUACCCCUAAAUUUUAUUUUUCUUAGGGUCAUUAUUAGGAGUAUAAACCUCAUUCGUCAAAUGCCAUGUACUCCCUCCGUUCUUGAAAACACUUCCGCCCUAAUUUUUUGCGCACCCCAUGAAAUACUUUUAUUUCCACCUAAAAUGUCUGAAAUACAUCUCAUUAUGUAGUUUAUUGCUGGUAGAAGUUAUUUUGGAGAUAUUUUAGACAUUUUAGGUAGAGUAACAUUAUUUUAUGGGGUGCGCAAAAAUUAGGGCGGAAGUGUUUUCAAGAACGGAGGGAGUAGUACAUUAGCAGUCGUUGAGUUUAACGUUGCAGGGUUUUAAUUUGCAAUUGUAUUCUGAUCCUAUUUAAAGAAUUAUCUGUACAUUGAAUCCUUUCUUUUGGAAGAAUAAAUUUUCUCGAGUGAAUGUAGAUGCUUUAAUAUCUUAUAUUAUUUGAUCCUUUUGAAUUGGUCAUGUGACAUAAGUUAUGAUGCACGGCUCAUCAUGAAAUCUAGAUGGAGAAGGUUUGAACACGCUAACAAUCGUCUGGGAAUCUGGGAUGCUUCAAGCAUUUGGCUAUAUACUGAGAAGGCCCCUUCAGAGACUUAAGCCUGCUCAAACGGUUAAACCAUGGAUCUCUAUUACUUUAUAUGGGUGUAUAAAAAUAUCAAAUUGCAAUCAAGUUCAGAGCUUGAGACACCAGUCAAUGCAACCAGAAUUUGGAGAGUUUUGUGUGACUUUGGGGCCUAUGUUUGCUGGAAAAACUACCACUCUUCUGAAGAGGACAAGGGCUGAUAGCACCACAGAAAGUUUUCAGGUUGCUGGUCUAAAGAAUCUGUACCGUUGGGACAAAACAAUUAAAGAUUUAUGUUUCUCAGGAAGAGUUAGGGAAGCAAUUGGGAUUUUGUGCGGCAAUGGAGUGCAAGUGGAGUCUGAAACAUACUCCCUUCUUUUGCAGGAGUGCAUUUUCAGUAAGGCAUACAAGAAUGGAAGAAGAAUUCAUUCGCAAAUGACUGUUGUUGGUUUUCUUCCUAAUCAAUAUCUAACAGUCAAGCUGCUAAUCCUGUAUGCAAAAUCGGGAGAUAUGGAUACUGCACACAUUAUUUUUGAUAGGUUGCAAUUUAAAUGUCUUGUCUCGUGGAAUGCAAUGAUUGCAGGGUAUGUGCAAAAAGGAAUGGAAGAAGUGGGCUUAUGCCUUUAUUACAAAAUGAAACAAUGCGGAUUGAGACCCGAUCAAUACACUUUCUCAUCAGUCUUUAGGGCAUGUGCCUCUCUAUCGAUUUUGGAACAGGGUAGACAAGCACAUGCUAUGAUGAUCAAAAGGCUAAUAUGUAGAAACGUUGUUGUUAACAGUGCCCUCAUGGAUAUGUAUUUCAAAUGCAGUAGUCCCUACGAUGGGUACCUCGUCUUUGAGAGGUCCUUGGAGAAGAAUGUUGUAACAUGGACAGCUCUGAUUUCUGGAUUUGGGCAGCAUGGUAGGGUAGUAGAUGUGCUGGAUUCUUUCCAUAGAAUGGUCAGUGAAGGCUUUCGACCCAACACUGUCACGUUUCUUGCGGUUCUUUCUUCUUGUAGCCAUGGAGGCUUAGUGGAUGAAGGCAGAGAGUAUUUUUCUUCAAUGAAGAGAGAUUAUGGGAUCCAACCAAGCGGGAAACACCAUGCAGCCAUGGUUGAUCUUUUAGGACGUGCUGGUAGAUUAGAAGAGGCUUAUGAGUUUGUCAAGAACUCUCCCUUUAAGGAGCAUCCCGCAUUAUGGGGUGCUUUGCUUGGGGCUUGUAAGGUUCAUGGAAACGUGGACAUGGUAAAACUCGCUGCAAUGAAUUAUUUUGAGUUGGAACCAGAGAAUGCUGGGAAAUACGUUGUCCUUUCUAAUGCUUAUGCUUCGUUUGGCAUGUGGAACAAUGUUGCAGAAAUCAGGAGAGUGAUGAAGGAGUCGGGGGUCAAGAAGGAGCCCGGGUAUAGCAUGAUUGAGGUUCAGAGACAAGCGCACUUCUUCUCUAUGGGUCAUAAUACUCAUACACAAACAGGCUUGAUAUAUGAAGUAAUCAGGGACUUGACUUGCGUUCUGAGAGACACCGGAGAUUUACCAGAACUCAGAAGCUAAUGGGAAAACACCAUGUUUCGUAGUUCACCUGUGAUCCUCCUCAGACCACCCACCCUUUCUGGUGAUUAGGCUGUACUAAAAAGAGAAUAUGCCUUUUUGCUUAGGAGGUGGAUUUUGCCAGUUGAAGCAAGCUUCAGUCAGUACAUUUGCAUGGGGAUUGGGAAGCAACAAAAAAAAAGAGAGGAGAAGAGAUGCAAAGAACACAUAAGAAAAGGGAUGAUACUCCCUACUUGAGGUGACGAAUAAAGAGAAAGAAGUAAUGGCUUUUACACAAGGCAAGAAAAGGAGUUAUCUCACUUAGAAUGGACAAAUGGAUGGGAUACUCAUUUCGGUGUUAUACGACCAAAUCAAAGAGGGCAACAAGGGCGAUGGAGAUUGGAAGCCACAAGCUUACCAAGCUGUAGCGGAUAAACUAAGGUCUCUGUGUCGAAGAAGGUGAAGAAAGAUCGUCUGCCACAGGCAGUUACAAGUUUCGCGAACUCAUUCAACGAAUAUGUUCAAAGCAAGAUCAAUAUGACUUCAAAGGCGAGCAUGAAAGAAAUCCAUGACGUUGUUUCAAAAGUGGAUGGCAUACUUUGUCAUCAAAUGUUGAAAGCUGUUAAGAAGUUUAUGAAUAUGCCAGAUGAGUUUCAAAUGCUCAAGGACUUGCCUGAAGACGAGAAGCUAGAUUGGAUUUUGUUGUGCUUGGAAGAGUGAUCGAAUUACGAACAACUACGCAAUAUUAAAUAUUUACUACAAAUUAAUACUUUUUCUAAUUGUCAUACAUUAGUAUGUAUUUUGUUUAUGAAACAAUUGGUCAUUAUGUUAUUUGAGAUUAUGUUUACAAUAUUUUAUUCAUUAAAGAUUUGAAAUGAAA